ACUAGUUUGUUUUGUAAAGACGGACUUCACAGGACGAAGCAACGACGCGCAACUGAAAUACACGGUUUCGCAUUAUAUAUAAAACAUAAAGAUCUAAAAACCUGUUCAGAAACAAAAAACGAUAGAAAUUAGGCAGAUCUGCCUAAAACAAACGUGUUUAAUCACAUUUAAAACAUGCCUUCGGAAAAGACAUUUAAACAAAGGAGGACAUUUGAGCAGCGGGUGGAGGAUGUACGGCUGAUCCGGGAACAGCAUCCAAACAAGAUCCCGGUCAUCAUCGAGAGAUACAAGGGAGAGAAGCAACUGCCGAUUCUUGACAAAACUAAGUUUCUAGUUCCUGACCACGUUAACAUGAGCGAACUUAUUAAGAUUAUCAGGCGACGCCUCCAACUCAACUCCAACCAGGCUUUCUUCCUGCUGGUCAACGGUCACAGCAUGGUAUCUGUGUCCACUGCCAUUUCUGAGGUCUAUGAACGGGAAAGAGACGAAGACGGCUUUCUGUACAUGGUCUACGCUUCCCAGGAGACAUUUGGAUUUCAGUAAAAAAAACAAAUGUAUGGCAAAACGAUUGGCUUUCACUCAUGGACAAUGAUACAACCUAGCCUGAACUCUUCUGACCUUUCCCCCACAUAUAACCCUAUCACGUUUCCCUUCCCCAUCCAAUCAGGAAGCAGCUGAACUUUCAUUCAUUUGGCUCCAAAACCAUUAUCCAUUAUCCAAAGCUAAAACCUAACACCUUACAUCUCAAGCUCGAGUCCCUUCUGUUACUUUGGUGUCUUCAAAAUGGAUAAGUUGAAGGUCGUAGGACAGGUUAUGGUUUACUUGGGCUACCCAAACACAAAGCUUGAACAAAAAAAGACUUCUGAGAUGAAAUAGUCUCACUUUCUUAGCGGUUGAAUUCCAGAAAUUGCAUCUAGUGUAAUGUUAGGCGGCCAAAACAGUUUUUGAGGUUAUCCAUCAGGUCCUGGUGACUUUUAACCCUAUUGUGUCAUUUCUCAAACUUUUUAAUUGUCAGCCUUUUCUUACCUGUAGAUGUCAAACCGAGUUUUCCGCUGCUCCAUUUUCCUGUUAGAAGCAGUCUUUUCAUUUCCCCCUUGAGCUUUUUUUGCUAACUGUGUCACGAGCGUUGAGGUUCUUGGAUUUCACAACACAAGGUUCGAAGUGACGUCCUACUUGCCUUGUUGACAUUUUGAUCCGGUGGGACUUGCCUGAGGAAGUAAGAUAGUAUGCAAAUUAAAAUACGAGAAAUUCUGCUUUGAUUGUAGUGCGAAGCUUUAAGAGUCCAAGUUUAGGAAAACGUCAUUAUAAUGGUACAUUGAGCGAACGAAUGUGACGAUUGGACACGAGUGCUGCCCGAACAUCCUUGCUCUUUUAGGUGCACGCUUUUAGACUUUUCAAUUUUAUUAGAGGAUUAUUUACUACACCUUUAUAAACGCAUAACCGUGAGCUGUUGUACUCUUUCCAUCUGUAUGUCUUACAGUAAACUGUACAGAUAAGCUUAGAUGCCUUUUCUCCUAAGCAUUUACUUGCUGUUUGUCUUGCUCUUAUUUAAAGACAUUUUUUUUUCAUUGUUUUGUUCAUGUAAAAAACGAGAAAAAUUCACAUGUGCUACUAUUGUGCAAUUUACAAGUUUAUUUGAAUGAGAGUUUAACUUUAAAGGAUUAUAAUAUCAACCCAUUUAUCGAACUAAAGCUCAUUUUCUUCUGUGCUCCUCCUGCUCAGAUUUACAGCAAUAUCACACUUCUAUUUCUGUUGAUAUUUUAAAAAUAAAUGAGGAAUAUGCAGCC